UGACUUUGGACCCCUUUUGAGAUAGCAUCGUCGCGAAGCAGAGCCACCGCCCGUUGAAUCCCCGGGCCUCGUCGCCUCGUCGUCGCGUCGCAUCUCUUACGCUCCUGCACACCCAGUCACUCCUUUUACUCCACCGCUUUCCGGUUCCCUCCGCUGACCCGCGCCUUCUUUCGUCGAUGUCAUGCAGUUUGUAAAGAGAGCGACUGCGCCAGCGACUCCCUCACUCCGGCCAUGACGACGACAGCCGAUCCCACCAACAGCUCGACUGGCAGCCGCGUGCUGGGCAUGACGGGCCCGCCAGGAGAGCCCGGCCUGCCGCCCUCGAGGCCUUCAUCCAUUGCGACUGCGACGUCCGGCAGCCAGAACCGAUGGUCACAGGCCGCUAGCCCGUCGCGACGAGGCGGCGGCGGCGGCGUGCAGAGUGGCAUCAGUGUGUCUGGCAGCUUCGGCCCCCAGAGUCGCCCGACGACGUCCGCAAGCAGAACACAUGUGCCCUUGGCCGCCCACGGCUUCUUCAGGCCUAUGAGCUCCCAACGCCUCCAGCAGCAGCGCAACCAGCGUCCAACUUCUCUCCUUGGCCAGGGCUCGCUCUACUCGGAAGCCACGCACGAGACGGCUGGCACCCCGUUUCGCCAGAGCACAGGGUCAACGCAAACAGCCCGUGGCGGCCCUACUCUGGGCCUCCAUCACGAGCUCGACCAGCAGCCUCCCCCCUCGCGCGGCACCGACAUUACCGACAGAGACAUGCCAGACCGCACCACUGCAAACACGACACCCACAGGAGCAGAGACGGUCCGCAGUCGCGAUGAGAGCAUAACUCCAUUGCAGCGUCCCAGGCCCCAACACCUCCAUCUCACAAACGUGCACGUUCACGAUGCUGGCAAAAUUCCAACGCCCAGCAAAUCCCCCCGCUCCUUCAGAUCCAGCUUCAUGCUGUCUAGCCGUGACGGCCGCUCUGCGCAGAUACGGCCCCACCAGGGUCACGAGAAGCUCACGUCUGCCGAAUCAUCGCCCAGGCUGACACGCAGAGAGGCUACGAAGGAGGUCGUCAAGCAAGAACUAGGCAAAAACUACCAGUACUUCUCUGGCAACACUGCAUUUUGCUGGGGUGGUCGACUGCAAAACACGCGUGACCGACCAGUCAACGUAGCCACGGCAGUCAUGAUCAUCUUGCCUGCCGGUCUCUUCUUCGGUUUCUCGGCACCUUGGCUGUGGCUCCAUGUUUCUCCAUCGAUACCCAUUUUCUUUGCUUACUUGUUCCUAAUAUCCGUUUCUUCAUUUAUCCAUGCAUCUGCUUCAGAUCCAGGCAUCCUUCCCCGCAACCUACACCCCUUCCCCCCGCCUAAUCCUAAUGACGACCCGCUAAGUCUCGGGCCCCCUACGACUGAGUGGACCAUGGUCGUAUCGGCGACUGGAACCAACGCUGCAAUGGAAGUCCCAACAAAAUAUUGCAAAAGCUGCAAUAUCUGGCGUCCUCCACGUGCUCACCAUUGCCGUGUCUGCGAUAAUUGCGUCGAAACUCAGGACCAUCACUGUGUCUGGCUUAACAACUGUGUCGGACGCCGGAAUUACCGUUACUUCUUUGUUUUUGUUUGCGCUACUACUUUGCUGGGACUGUUUCUCCUUGGAGCUAGUCUGACACAUAUCUUGGUUUGGAGGGCACGAAGCAAUGCCUCUUUUGGCGAGGCAAUAGGCCGAUGGCGAGUUCCUUUUGCCUUGUGUAUUUAUGGACUUUUAGGAUGGACAUAUCCACUCAGCCUCGGCGUGUAUCAUUUGUUUCUAGUUGGACGAGGCGAAACGACGCGCGAGUAUCUCAACUCGCACAAGUUCCUGAAGAAGGACAGGCACCGGCCUUUUACGCGUGGGUCAGUAUUCAAGAACUGGCUCGCGGUACUGCAGCGACCGCGUCCACCAACCUAUCUACACUUCAAGCGGAGAUACGAGGAGGGAGAUCAGAGAUUCGGCCCACGCAACGGGAAACGAACAGCGCCUUUGGCCGCCGAGCAGCAAGGUGGCGGUGUCGAGAUGCAAGACGUUCAUGCACCCGAAGGUUUUCAGGGGCCUGUUGGCAGGACGGCUCGGGACGCCACCAGUGCGACUGCAAUGUAGGUAGACAUUCAGGAGCCGUGUUCCCACGUGUUUGAUAGAUACCAAAUUACGUGCUUCGAGCAAUCGCUCUCUAUUAUCACACCAUAAUGUAUAGACAGAAAACGUGUACGGUGCAGCGCUUGCUAUGGCUCACUGACACGCAUUAGAAAAGCAAUGUCUACCACAGUGACGCAGAUCGUGAC